GUGGCAACAUUGAUUCCGGAACCAGCUGACAAUUUAUGUCGUGUGUUACAAGUGGAGCCCUCAGAUGUUGCAGCCCUGUGUUUACUCUCAUGAUUCGCAUACGGCGAGCAAUUUGCGACCAGCUACCGCAGCUGAAGAAUGUCUACCAUGCCCUGGAGGUGCCCUCCAAGAAGCAACAAUUACAAAAUGCCAGACGACCAACACUGGAGUGGAUUAUACCCGCCGUUGCGCAACAAGACCGGGAGCAGAAUCAUGUAGAGCUAUUGGAUUCAUUGAAGAAUCAGUACCAUGACACAGAGUACAUUGAGAAUGUCCAGAUAGUGCCUAACGCCAGUGGACGCAAUGAAGCAAAAGUAGAAUUUCAACUGAAACCACAAGUUUUUGUGGAACACUUGUUGAAUCCGAUAGAGCCCUUGGCGCACCUGCCUUACAAGGAACACAUUGUGGUAGAAUUCAGUUCACCCAACAUAGCCAAACCUUUCCAUGUAGGACAUUUGCGUUCUACCAUUAUUGGCAAUGUGUUGGCCAAUCUGCAUCAAUAUUUGGGUUAUUCCACAACAAGACUCAACUAUUUGGGUGAUUGGGGCACUCAGUUUGGUCUAAUGGCUGUUGGUGUUCAAUUAAGUAAUGUUAGUGAUGAAGAAAUGAAAGCCUCUCCCAUUGCCACUCUGUACAAAUCCUACGUAAUGGCCAAUAAAGCAGCAGCAGACGAUCCCACAGUCGCACAACGUGCCAGGGAACUAUUUUCCGCCCUGGAAGCUGGCACAGAUCAAACAAUGGCCAAGCAAUGGCAUCAGUAUCGUCAGUAUACCAUAGCAGAGCUUAAGGAAGUCUACGAACGUUUGGGAGUGCAUUUCGAUAGCUAUGAAUGGGAAUCUCAAUAUUCCCAGAAGCAAAUCUCAAAGGUGCUGGAACAAUUACGCUCAGCUGGACUGCUUCUUCCAGAGGCAGAUGGACGACAGAUUGUUGUUGUGGAUAAUAGACGCAUUCCUGUGAUUAAAAGUGAUGGGUCCACCUUAUACCUGGCCCGUGAUAUUGCUGCCAUUUUGGAUCGUUACAAGCGAUUGGACUUUUCCCGCCUUCUCUAUGUCGUUGACAAUGGUCAGGCCGAUCAUUUUAAUGCCUUGUUCAAAACGGUAGCAGCUUUGGACCCCAAACUAAGUUUAGAGCAUUUAAAACAUGUGAAAUUUGGUAGAAUCCAUGGCAUGAGCACACGUCAAGGCAAGGCCAUAUUUCUCAGAGAUGUCCUGGAUGAGGCUAAAAAUGUGAUGCGUGAGAAACGCCAGUUAAGUGCAACCACCAAAGUGAAUAGUUCUUUAGAUGAUGAUCUCGUCUGCGAUAUCCUAGGCGUCUCUGCUGUUCUAGUUAAUGUCCUUAAACAGCGGCGUCAACGAGAUCAUGAAUUUAACUGGCAACAAGCUCUCCAGGUCAAUGGUGAUACAGGCAUCAAAUUGCAAUACACCCAUUGUCGUCUCUACAGUCUUUUGGAUAACUUCAAGCACAUCUCAUUGGAGGAGGUUAAACCAAGCUGGCAACAUUUCAUUCAGGAACCAAUUGAGGCAUUGGAAGUAGUCUACGAGUUGGCACGUUUUGAGCAAUCCGUGUGGCAAUCGAAAGAACAAUUGGAAGCCUGUAUCCUGGUCAACUACUUAUUUGGAUUAUGCAAUGCAACGAGUCGUGCAUUGAAACGUUUGCCCAUCAAACAGGAGACAUGUACGCAAAAACAGACACAACGUCUGCUUCUUUUCCGAGCAGCCAAACAGACAUUGAGCAAGGGCAUGGAACUAUUGGGUCUUAAGCCACUGAAUCAAAUGUAGCAACCAUAAACUAUUAGUUAACAAGGGUUUUAUUAAAACAUUUGCUCCAAAGAAUAAAAUGCGGCUUCACUUCCAAUCAUUUUGCAUGCCACGUGAUCCACAUUUAGCGCUUCUUCCACGUGUACUUGCGGCGUGCUCCUUCCUGUCCGAACUUCUUGCGCUCACGUAUACGAUAAUCACGUGUCAAUAAGCCGGCUACAAUAAAAAACAAAAUCAAUUAGCAAAACGAAGGAAAGAGAAAAAUCAACCGGCAUAGACUUACCCAAACGCAUGGACUCAAUCAUUUCUUGAUCAACAAAACUGCGCAAACUCAUGGCAAUGCCCCAUCGAAUGGCGCCCGACUGACCGGAUGGACCACCGCCCUCGACAUUGGCCUCUAUAUCGACUUUGCCCAGCAUUUGGCUAAAUUGCAGUGGGAAGAGUAGCUAUAACAUAGACAAAACAAAAACCCGUUAAUAGAUCAGCCAGAAUACAUUGUCAUUAUGUACGUACAUA